AUGAUGGAGCCUACUGGCUCGGAAAAAGCUAGCAGCAUUGUAUUUCAGUUGCAUCUGGAGGGAAGUGAAACUUCGCAGAUGAGCCAGAGAAAUUCAAGUAAGCCCAUCUGCGUGUUCUGGCCUGCCUGUAGUGUCACACUUCGAAACUAAACUGUUGUUGGCAUUGUUUUGGUUGUACAUGUUCCUACCGAAAAUGCUUUCCAUUGUAUUGUUUCAGUGGCAACAGCAAAUGAAUCGCGGAACGGCGAGGGAGAAGUACUCACCGAAAUACAGUUUUCGCGCCUUGAAGCACUCGACCCACAGAAACGUGAACUUCUAGAGGCGAGAUUUCACACUCCUCGGGUGCGUUAAAAUAAAUUAACCUUAAAUGUUUCAUGGUGGAUAUUUGCCUCGUGGUUUUAAAAUUAGGUAUUUCAUAGCUGCUUUUCUCUGAUCAUAAAUGGACGCCAUUUUGUUUGCCUUUAGUCAUUGAUUUAUCAUAUCCUGGCAUGGUGGUUAUAAGCUUCAGUAAUAGGCUUUAAAUUGUUAUUAGAAUCGCAUAAUUAAGUAAAAUCUCGCAUUCUGAUUGGUUAACGAAGCGAGGUAUGUAGUGUGGAAUUGCGAGUUGAAAACGAGGCUAAGCGAUAUUGUUUCGCAUCUACGUAACAACUAUCGUCAAAUUCUAACACAACAACAUGCAAAAAAGGUUUUCUACAAUGUCAUUUUAAAAUGUUUUCAAAACCAUUCAUUGUCACUUUUUGAAGAGUUAAAAACAAACAAAAGCGUUUUUUAAAGUGAGCCGGAGGUUCUUCCUUGUUUUGAACUGAACUACAGAUUCUCGAAGAGACAUAAAACCUCUUUCACUCGCGACAACCAGAAAACAAGAAAAUCCAGUGAACACGGCCCAGAAAAUGGCAAUCCAAAGUUCAACUAAACAAAACGGGAAGCGAGAAACGGAGGAAGUGCCGGGUCGAUUGUCCCAUAUACAGAAGAAGAAAUAAAUACCUUCAAAGAGGACAUGGCCCCUGAAAACACGAAAAAGAGUACGCCGCUUGCAAUCGUCCUGAAUCGUGGUACUUAGAAAAGUACAAAACAGAGCUGAACUUGAACAGCAUUUCUAAAACAUUUCAAGGUACUUACCUUAUGUCAAUCGCGACGUUAAACAUGUUAAACUUUCAGUGCUUUCGCUUGGACACUUGAUUUCUUUCAGUUUUGCCGCCGAAGAGGUAAAAGGUGCAAAUUAUUUUCCUUCUCGAGCAAAUGACCAAUUUGAAAAAGACGUUCUACAUAAACGGCUUCUAAAUUCAGUAAAAUACCUCUAUUUAUCCUUACGAUUAGUGUGAAGCUUGUUUACAUGUAAAAAGUUUGAAAACAAAUGUGAAAACAAGCACAAGGUACAAAAAAGGUUAUUGAAGGUUCAAGCGUGUACGACUGACCUUGCUUCCUAUUCGCUAACGCAAUGACAGUUCUGACAGUUGACUUUGAAAUGGCUUUCUGGAGCGCCACGCUCAGGAUAAAAAAACAAACAAUAGAUAUUAUUGCUGUUUUCUUUUUUUUCUUCUGAUUUUUAUUCAAUUAUGCGAUUCAAGGAAAAUUCAUUACCUGACUCGAGAAUUCCACGUUAAAUUGCACUUGAAAACCGAUAUCGCACUCAUCGCUUCGCGAUUCGUGCGAUAUCGGUUUUCGCGUGCAAUUUAACGUGGAAUUCCCUCGUCAGGUAAUGAAUUUUCCUAUAGUAUUUCUUGCAAUUGAUGUAAUGUAUAUUAAUUUUAGGGGAGUGCCUGGUAGCUUAUAAGGUAACCAGAUUGGGAGGUGUGAUGGGUGGGGAGGGUAGCCUGACAGCUCAAAGAGAUGUCAGCAGCAAAAAAAAAAAACAAAGCGAGGGUGGGGUAGGGGUGAGAGCAAAGGAACGCCUGUAAGACUUUUUAACAAAAGCUUCUUCCGUUAUACCAGAUUCUGGUAUACCCUAUGAUUGAUCUAUUUUGACAGCUCUUGUCACCACAAAGAGGUUCAUUACUAUACGUUGAUUGGACAUGUGAUGCUCUAGCAAUGAGGUUACACAUCAGGUUAUCUUGGAAGCGUGGUGAAGUGAUUCGAAAUAAGCAACAUGGAUAAUGUGGAAUAUCAGUUGAAGAACAGUUGAAAUUGUUCUGAGGCUGGAUCUCGUCAAGAGAAAGCUGGACUUCCAAAUUUUACCAUUUCUAUUGGCUUUUAAACAAGCUCUUUCCUUUCAGAUCUCUUCAGGAAUAUUAAAUACGCGCAUGAACCAUCUUUCGAUAUGGUCUUUGUUUAGCGUGCAAAUACAGCCAUUUCACUUUGGUCUUGUUCCUCUCCACUGGGGAUGUUUUGUUUGAAAACAGGCAUAUUUUUUUAAAAUUCAGUAAACAGUGCAGUAUGUCACUCGUUGCUUGAUUGACAACUUUUAAUUCUGGAAGCUACAUUCAGAUUAUUAGCUGACAAAGUGGGUGGAAUGACCUUUUGAAAAGAAAUCUCACAGGCAUUCCCAGGCUCAUCUCUCCCUUUCCUCCUUCUUUUCCUCCUAGUUAUUUUUUUCUUGCUCUCUUCCAUUGCACUGCACUCCACUGUCCAAACGGGGGUACCCAAUACUGCAAUACCAUAAGAAAAAUUGGCAAAUACAGAAAUACGAUGCAGAAAAUCGGCAAAGUACCGAUACCACAUUAUGAUCAGUCACCUCAUGUGUCUAGUUAUUGCAAGCAUGGUAAGCAACAGUAAUUAACCCCAGCCCUUGCGAGAAAACGUGUGAAGACCUUGUAUUGAUUGGUACAAGUAUCUAAAAGCCUGAUCAUUGGAUGGUCUUGGAUGCCUUGCCAAUUUCACCAUGGAUUAAUGGUCAGAAAUUUUGUAAUCAUUUUACCGUUAACAGCAUGCAAAGAAAGUUGUGUCCGAUAGCCCGGGGCUAGUGGAUUUUGCUAUUGGGCUAGUGAUUUUUGUUUUUAACUUCCCUGAGGGGCCAGUGCUGUUUUGAGGGGAAAUUCAAUUUACAGAAGGAUUGUAAUCAAUUGUGCCAAUCAAAAAGGGUUUGGGGGCUAGUUGAAAUGACUUGUGGGCUAUUACAUGCUAGCUACAGCUUGCCCAAAUGGCAGGCUGUAAAACUGACUUUUGUUGCAUCCUGCAUUAAGUCUAAAGUCUUAAAAAUAUUGACCUGCAUUAGACAGGAGAACGCAAAUGAACAGUACUGCGAUACCAUAAAGGAUCUCCUUUUACCGAAUACCAUCACCGGCCAAAAGGAUGAAAAACCGCAUACUGCAGGGCUAGAUGAUACCAAAAUACUGCUUCAAAAAAGCUCAAUACCGCAAUACCAUAAACCCCCAUGUCCCCCUCAGUGAGGGGUAGGGCCAUGGUUGCAUUGCAGAAAAAGAGAUACACUGUAGGAGGACUGGAAAGAGGAAAACAGGAGGUUUUGCCCUCCCUAACAUUCACCCUGUUUGAGUUAGACCCACUGAUUUGUUUAUCAUGAUUAGGGUUAGGCACAGCCUGCAGACACAGACGUAUUUCCAGUUGUCGCUUCUCUCCACCUGAAAAGUAAUACGUCACUUUUCAGACGACCAGGCCUGAUAAUAGUGAUUAAGGUUAAGCACUGACGAUAGUGAUUAGGGUUAUUAAGUUCUGACUUAUAAUGGUUUAGUAGGGCAUACUUUUAAUUAAUAAGAAAGAUGUUGCUUUCAUCACUGUGUCAUUGGGUCACACUGUAUUUUUACCGAGUUUGUUAUUGAUUUCUUGUAAUGAUGAGGUUAUGUUUUUGCUAUUUUAUUCCUCAGAGUAUAAAUCAAGAUUCUCAGCAUAGUAAUGCAAGUAUUUCCUCAACUGGAAGCGAUAAAGAGUUGGAGGUAUACAAGAAGUCAUGCAAUCAUCUAAGCAGCCACUGUCAAUAAUACCUAAUACGGGUCUUCAGCAAAUACAUUUUUGAGUGACACAAGUCAUCCAGAAGUGGGCAUUUUGCAUUCUUGGGUUGGGGGUUUACCUAAUUUUGGCAGAAAAUUCCGUAGUGUUGUAAAAGGGAAUUCAAAGGACCUACUUGUAACUUGCAGUUGACAUGCCUCUCAAAAAAACAUCUUUACUCAAGCUCUAUGAUAAAUUUUCUCCAUGCUGAUUCAAUUAAAAUGAGCAAUUUUCAUUUCAUAAUUCAAAAGAGUCAUUCAAUAAUGACAUCCUUUGGACAUAAUUAAUUAUUUUUAUGAUGCUUAGAGUCUAGUUUUCAAUUUAUUGUGGGGGUCAUACACAUACAACACAAGCUACUAGGAUUGCCAGAGACUGUAAGGAUUAUGUUCAUUCUCAUGAUAGACCAAUUUCAAUGUAUUAAAAUUCGUAUUUGGCUUCGUUAUUCGCUAUUCUUUUGUUUUCUCUCCCCAAGCGUAGUAGCCAAGUAUGAAUUUUACACAGUAACAUAUCGAAAUUGGUCUAUUACUGGUCAGUUUUCACAUUAUUUGAUGUAUGGCAGUCUUUUAUGAGACCCAUUUUACAUAAUCAGAAAAAGUAUUGUCGUAAUGACUCAACAAACUAUUGUACAUUGUAUAAUCCUCUUUUUAGAGCAUCACACCCAGUCAGAGAAGUGAAAAGCACUCGGGACGAAAACGAAAAGCAGCCCAGGAUGGAGACUCUCCAAGUACUGAUAAUAAUUUGAUUUAUUCAUAGAUGUAAUGAUUCUGAUCAUGAAUACUUUAAAAGCUUUGGACUUCUACCAGUGACUAUAGUGACUAAUAGAAAUAAACAAUGAGAACAACGUAACUACAUACAGUUGUCGAAAAAAGCAUUGUUUAUAAUAAGAAUUAAUAGACUGCUCUGUACAGAGCUUGCAUUAAUUUUUGAUAACUCAAUCGAGUUACAUGUGUACAGUACAGUGGCUGUAUGUAUAAUUUAUAUAUCACUGAAAGGUUUUAUUCACAGGCAAGUUUACAGACGGUGCCCUAUAACUACAUGUACAUUUAGAAGGAUUUGAAAUAUGUUAUUGUACCCCAUCAAUAAUUAUAAUUGAAGUUGGAAAUUUUUUUUACAUAAUGUUU